UUUUUAUAUGCGAAUUCGUCUCCGACGCAAUGAAAUUACCCAUGCAGCUACAUGCUAAAUAUCAAUGCAUUUGCAUGGUCUAAAAAUAUUAAUACUGGUGUGGUUAAUAAUAGAUAUAGCGAAAACAAGCAGUUUAGGCGAGGGCUCGACCAAGACAUAUUUCAAGGAGGUAGCGGACUUUGACGACAUUGUCGAAGAAACCGAUAAACGACAAAACUCGAAAAAAUCCACUACCGUGAAUAAUGUUACAAUGGCGCCGGAUCUACUUGAAAUACACCCCCAACAGCGGGUCAAGCAAAACGUUAACUACAUGGAACUGCAAAACGAUAAUUUCAACGAAAACUUCAACAAACGCGAUCGAUUUCAAAACCAAAUCGAUCGGUAUCCCAUCCGAUCGCAGUACGUGGAUCAGCAGCAACAUAUCGAGCCGAAAUUUAUUUUUACCAAACAACUCCGCCAGCCGAUAAUCUAUAGAAAGCCAGCUAAAUUAAAUCUAUUCAAUAAGCCUGAACUGUACGUCAUCAGAAGACUACCGUCGCAGGGACAGUAUUAUUUAUUUAGGGAUAAAAGUAGGAAGGAUAAUUAUUUAAACGAAGAAAUCGGGAGAGAAGAUAGAAAGCUUGAUGCUAAUUUUAUUCAAAGACAAUCCGAGGAGAAUUACGAGGAUCUUGACGCAAUGUCGACGGCUCGAACUGAAAAUAUGAAUUUUGAAAAUGAGGAGAUUUCUGGAAUUGAAGACGCCCGGAAUCCGGAAAACUGCGACACGCUCUACCAGCUAUUCAAAGAGCUGCCUCUCAUCAACAAAAUGCUGAACGAAUUGAUGGAGGACAAAUCCCCGAAGACUUUCAACACGGCUUGGCGAUCUAUAAAAUGCGUCGUGAACGAUCAGCAAGACAACGAGAAGAGCCGUCUUUUAGAUAGCCCGGGUAGCAAAAUUUGCUUUCGAAAAUUCGUGAGGAGCCACAGGAGACGCCGACGUCAUUCGACCUACCUAAACUCCAGGAACAAGAGAAAACGAAUCAACAAUUCGUUAGCCAAGAGAAACGCCGAGGACGAUCCCAGAUUUAAAAACAUCAUCGAUUUCAUCAUUAAAAAUAAGAUAUUUUUAGACACGUACACGUACGUUCCGAUUGUGUUUUCGAAAAUUACUCAGGAGAAGCCGGGACAACAAACCGAAGCCACUAAUACUGCAAACAAAACGACAAUGUCCGCUGAUCAAUUAGCUAAAUUAUCUUGCGCGGAAUGCUCCAAUCAAGACAAAGAUCUAACGACAGAAGCCCAGCAAACUUCAACUGCGUCCAAAAGAGGAGUAGAACAAAAGAUUUUUGGUGUUACACCAACUAGAGAAUCAGAACAUCACACUUACACAAUUUCGAAUAUAUCCGAUAUUAUGCGAUACAUUUUCGCUGAGAUGCCGAGAGAUUUGAAGAAACAGCAAUACGUUACAAUUUCUGAGGAAUCGCCCAGUUCAAAGGAGAGUUUUGCCUACAACGAAGUGUACACCAAUCCUACUUAUCCAUCUAAAGACGUGGAAAGCGUCGUCACCGAAAGAUUUAUAAUUCCUUCAGAAUCCGAAAGUAACGUACUUUUGAACACUAUCGAUGUAAAAAGAGAAGAUAAACCAGCUUCGUUCAAUCCACAACAAACUGUAGUCGCAACCAAUUUAACAGUACCAAUUCCUACCCAAAUUAACACACCUCCAACACCUCUUAACAACACAAAUACAAUCAUUAACAAUUUAACACCAGCAAUUCCACCCGUAGUAGCAGCUAUUCCAAUUUCAUCAGUUCCUGUCACUAACAUUAGCAUCCCAGCUUUAACAAAUCCUGUUCAACCACAAGUUGCAUCCAUUACACCUAUAGCACCUAUUGCACCUAUUGCACCUGUUACACCUAUUACACCAAUUAGUAAUGUUCCCACAAAUACCUCUCCCGCUCUAUCCAUUGGGGAAUUUCUGAAAGCAACCACACCCAUUAUACUGGUAGGAAGUCGGAAUAUAUCCGAGGAUAUUUACUUCAGAUUGCCGGAGCUGAAGCGAACAUUGAAUCAAACGGCGAAAAUCAUCAAUGAUCGCGUGAAACGCAAAAUUUGUUCGACCACAACACAAGAUUCUUCAACUCCGCUGGUUAUAAGCGGCAUGAGGAACAUUUCCGAAGAGGUGGUAUUCAAAAUACCGAAUUUUAAGCGAGCUGCGACCGAAAAUCCGCCCGGUGCUCGAUUGAAAAAGGACGUGGAUCGAGAAGAGUACGAAGAAUUCGAAGACUUGGAUUACAGGAAUCCUGAUAAACGGACCGCUCCUGAUUUAACUUCCAUUGAAUUACUGACCACUUGUAUUCCUGUUGGCGUUCAAUCCAAUACAACAGUCCCAAUUGUCCAAUUAUCUACAACUCUCAACUCCAAUCAAUCCGUUAGUAAAAUUUUCAAAAUUAACGAAACGGUUUCGAUCACCGAACUUACCCCUACGGAAAACACAGAUUUGGGUGCGCAAAUGUUCGAAUUUGGAGGUCUCAAAACCAAUACAAUUAAAACAGAUAAUACUACAAUAAUCACAACUCCUAAGAUAGAAAAUAUUACUUUACUAAACAAUUCCUCAACUACAAUUACUGUCACUAAUGUUACUUCUAACAAAAGUAUCGUUUGUUCAAAUGAAACUCUGAGUACUAUCAAUAACACAAUAGCUUUGACUACCACUAAUAAUACAGUUGGGAGUAGUUUGAAUAAAAGUAGCGAUACAAAUCCGAUAGAAGUUAAAAACGCCAACGCUACAGUCGUAGGAGCUGCAAAAAGCGAAAACGGAGUAAUACAAAUUAGUAACAAAGCGUCUUCUCCUUCGAAUACUGAUAAGCAGAUGAUACCGGGCGUUUUAAUUUAUCCCAAAAGCGAAAAACCCACUGCAAAAUCGAAACGAAGCGUGCUUGACGAAUUAGAUGUACUGGACACCUUUACCAAUAGUCCUUUGAGCGAAAUCGAAUCGAUUACGAUCGAAGAUCCCUUAUUGAAUAUUAACAAAAAAUACAUAGACUUCAAUCCGCUCGGUAUAAUGAAGAAAGAAGCACACGUUCCAUUGCCCAACGAAACUGGUAAUUGCCAGAAAGAAACCGAAAUGAUACUAGACACUUUAAAUUCCCUAAAUUUAAACCCUACUUCAUCUUCGACGCGAGAAAUUUCAAGCACAGCGCCGGUUGCGACCUCUGCGGUCGCAGGAUUCAACGAUCAAUCCAAUAAUUUGAAUUCCCCCAGCACUAGUUUGUAUAAUUUCAACGUGAAUCCUGCCGGCUCGGAUAGUACUCCACUUGCUCAGCAGAAUUUCAAUUGGAACAGCAACCUGCAACCGAUACCGCCGGUGCCAGUUUCCUGGCAAGUCACGCCUAAUUUGAACCAAAACCCCUUGCUAAUGAUGACCAACAUUCCACUCAACGAAUUUAAUUCGCCUAGCACAUUCUCUACAUUACUAGAAACUAUCAGUAUUAGUUCAACUCAUGAUGAAAGUACAACAAUUGCAUCUACUGAAUCCAGCAAAAUAUCACUUUCUACUGGAUCCAAUUCCGCGGAUAAUAAACUGGAAAAACUGGAGAAAGAUCUCAAAUUGGUCAAUGAAGUUCAAAGUAUAAUCGACGGUAUGUACAGGAUGAAACAUAAGGUGAAGAAGAGGGACGUGAACGAGGUAUUGGCAGAUUCUACAGCUCAUGUGUCUACCACACAAAAAAGCCUCAAAGUAAACCCGGAUAAGUUCAAGGAAAUUAUGGGAUUGGGAAAAAUAUUGAAAUGGAAGUAUCUGAAGAACGAGCACCGGAAGAAACGAAAGCUGAGGAAAAAGAGAAAGAGGCAACGGAAGCGUGUACAUCCUUUUCGUCAUAGACGUUUUUUAGGUACUAAAAUGCCAACGUAUGCAAAAUUCUUUGUAAAUGAUGUUCCUUUACCAUUUCAAAACUACCUGGGCAAUUCACGCAGAUUUCUCAUGGAUAAUAGCCAAAAUGACAAUAACAAUCCAUCGUUAAUUCGUUUGAAUAAAAUAGUUAAUCCAUGGGGAAUACACUGGCCGAAACUCGACAAAAAAGAAUUGAAAAUCGAAGAGUUCUCGACAACGACAACCACUGAAUUCGAAAAUGUGGAACUGGUCCCUGAAAUGGUAGAUUUCCAUCCGGCAUCACCGGAGGAAAUUAAUGACACUACAUCUUCUUCACCCGAACCAGUAACAAACGAUACAACAGAGAAAACAACCAACAAUAAACUAGCAGAAGAAGAUGAUCAAGAAAGUACAAUUGAAGAAGUGGAAACGCAAAGUGAAGAUACUGAAAUUGUCACUACAGAAAUUUCUUAUACCACACCGACAACUACAACUCAAAUCGAAGAAACUGUUACUGAACACAAUUAUCCCAAAAAAUACACCGAAGCAGUCGAAGACGAAGAUUUACUGGAAUACGACAUUUCCUGGCCUGAAAACGUGUCAACAAGGAAGCAGCACACUGCCAAUAAAUUUAUCAAAAAACUUCAUGCAGAUAAUUUCGAGCACCAAACGCGACCGAUGAGAGAUGUUUUCGCAACGUUCACCGCCGAGGAUCCUUUCAAAUGGCCUUCCAGGACCCCCAAGAAGAAGAAAAAGGGAAACUGGAGAGAUAAAUUCUCUAAAUACAAAACGUCCACCAUCGCAUUAUUGCCGACAGUAACAUGGAAAAAUUUCAAUUUUACCGAAGAACAAAACCCGUUCAAAACCGUAGAAUUGACGCAAACCGAGCCAACAACGACAACACUAUCAACGGCAAGAACGAAAGAAGUCUCUAUUAACUUCACCAUCAAUACACCAUUACCCGAAGACAUUUUCGAUUACGACGUACUAACGACGCCUAGAUUGUUAAUUGGUAACGUAAACCUAGGCGGCGAUGAAAUUUUAUCGAAAUUAGAACCCGCCGAAGAUGUUAACGUUGAUUUGGAUAUAGCAGCGUUGCCUCUGGAAGACGAAGCCUUGACUGAAUCGACGAAACCCAACGACGAAUUGGACUUUGACGUGGAUAAAGCUCUCAAAUACGCUACCGAAGGGAGCGUCACGACGAUGGAAGACGACGAUCAAGAGAGAAGAGAAAUAUUUCAGAUCGCCGAUGAAUUGUUGGAGGAUUUCACUUCGACCACUACAACUGAAACUACUACCGUUGAAACGAUGGAGACGUUUCCCAGUAAGAUUAACGACAAUACUCCAUCGACUAAGAAACAAUUUGUGGAGGGAAGCGAGAAUACAAUUACCACAACAUCUGGAAAUUCUACUAGCACGCUUACAAUAAAUGAAGAAACUGAAAAUGGGAGUAGUUCAGUUGAAAAAAGUAAUGAAAUUACAACUGAAAGUAGCAAUGUUUCCACAUCCACUGACAAUACAACAAUAAGUUCAACUGAAAUUGCAUCAGUGAUUACCACACAAAAUAUUUCCUUUGCAUCAGAUGCAACUACUUCAUAUUUGAUAACAUCUACUAAUCAAACAAUCCAGGAAGUAAAUAAAACAGAAGAGGGCGAUACAACUAAUAAUGAAUUUAAUAUAACAACCACAGAAACUAAGUCUAAUAUUCCUGUAUCUUCCGAAAAUGGUACUUUAACUGAGAUCGAAACUAUAUCGACAAGUACUAAAGAAACCUUUACUUCUUCAGUAGGUUCCACUACUUCAUAUUCAAUUAAUUCUAAAACACCUGAGAACCAAACAACCCAGGUGUUAAAUACAACACUGCUUACAGUGGCACCUAGUAGUGAAACAACGCAAUUAUUUACAGAAAAAACAACAAAACAAAUUGAUACAAGUUUAAAAAUAGGUAGAGCUACAACUAAUUACUCGACAUCAUCAUCUGAAAUAACAACUAUAAAACCUCCCGAAAUUAUAUCAGUUUCCACUGUACCGGAAAAAUUAUCAUUAUCAGGGUAUACAAAUAUGGUUAGUAUUAACACGACCGAAGAAUCUAAAGAAAUAUCAACUACUAAGCUUUCCGUUGGGGAAUCUUCGAGUUCUGGUCGUACAACAACAAAAAAUGCAGGAAGCAUUAACACUACAAACAUAAUCGAAGAGAAGACAACACUUCAAACGACUAAAUCAUUAACUUCAGAGGUUUAUUUAUCUUCGGAAUCACCUGAAAUUGAAAACACGGCAACUAGUCAAGAGUUAAAUUUAAAAGUAUCUGAAGAAUCGAGUCAAACACAUAGUAAGUUAUUUUCCUCGCCAAUUUCAACAACUGAAGUAGCGACAGUAAUAACUGGCAAUAAAAUAACAUUGACGCAAACAACGAUGAUUGAAGAACCUACAGUGAUUAGUAAAAAGUCCGAGGUAUUUAAAUCAAUAAAUCCUUUCAUUACUGUAUUAACUGCAUCUGCAACUACAGAAAUGCCAACACAGGCACAUAAUAAAACAACACUUUAUACAACAGCGUCAGGAUCGACUCAAUUAAUAGAAACUACUUCAAAAGAGGCUACUUUAAGAAAUAUUUCCACAAAAGAAAACCAUACAGAAAUAACUAGUACUGAAGUAAUUAUUGCAGACCAAACUAUUAAUAGCCAAACGCAUGGAACAAAAAGUUCUACAGUUGAGCCUACGAGAGAAGAAACUAUUACAAAACUAACUACUGUCGAAGAAACUAAAAUCAGCAAAAUACUUGAAGAAAUAAGCUCAAAAAAUGAAGCUACAACAGAUACAACCGCUAAAAAAGUGAUUACAACAGAAGAAACUACUUUAGAAGAAACUAGUACGAAGCAAACACUUACAGUAGCAAGUUCGACAGAGGUAACUAAUACAGAAAAAUCAUCUAUAAAAGUUGUUACUUCAGAAGAACCAAUUACAAAGAAAACUCUAACACAAGAAGCUAUUGUAAGAUCGGGUACAGUUGAAAAAAAUUUUACAGAAAGUGCUACAGAAGAAAAAAGUUCUACAAAAGAAGCUACCACACAGCAAAGUAAUACUAUAAUAGAGGAUACAACAACAAACGAAACUUCUACAGAAGAAAGUGCAUCAGAAGGAAUCAUUUCAAUAUCAUCACCAAACAGCAAGAAAACUACUUAUGAUGCUAAUGCAGAAAAAUCUCAAAGAAAGAAAUCAACCAAAAGAAAAAAAUCUAAACCAAAAGAAGUAGUUGUAGUGACUAAUCUAAUACCCAUUGUUACAUGGAAAAUGUUUAAUUGGACGAAACCCGAAUUAGACACAAAAUCAACAACACUGAAAUUUUCGGAGAAAAUAAACAUGACAUCUACUAUAUCAUCAUUAGAAAAUACAGAAAAUAUCAGUACACCACAAAUUAUCAAAACCUCUUCUGCUGAACCCAUCUCCCAAACAUUGCAAUAUGAAGAAUCCAAGUACUCUACAGAAAAUAUAACAGAAACUCAUGUGUCCUUUACAUCGUCUAUAACAAGUGAAAUAACAACAAAUAACGAUACCAAAUCCACUAUAUUAAGUUCAAAUAAGGUAAAUGUCGUUACUGAAUCAACUACAAAAAUAGAAUCUUCAUCGCUAAGUAUUUCUGAAGAGCAAAUUACUAAUGGAACUUCUCCGGCAGUAACAUGGCAAACUUCUGAGGAAACCCUAUUAACAUCAACAGUAAAAUCGUCAUUAAUAACCCAAUUUGAAGAUACUAAAAGUGCAUCAACGAGUAUUGUAAACACUGAACAGCAGAAAACAGAAACAGAAACUAUUAAAACUACGCUAUUGUCUUCGGAAGAAGCAUCUUCCUUGGAUCUUAUAACGAGUGUUGAGAAAAGUACGGAAUAUGUUACAAAAACUACAACAGAAUGUAAUACUAUUGUAACUUCAGUAUCUCAAUCUUCUGAAGAAACUGACUCAACUGUAGCUAUUCCUUCAAAAGAUUCUGCCGUUAAAGAAGAAACAUCAAAUUCAUUUACAGGAACAUCUCGUCAAAGUUCAGAAAUUACAACAUCGAGUACUGAAACGUAUUCAUCAAAUAAAACAUCUUCAUCAACUAAAACAUCUUUAACAACUGAAACAACAUGUCUAUCCAGUUCCGAAAACUCUGAAGAUUCUACAAAGUUACAAUCUAAUACUGAACUAGAUAAAAUUAAUGAAGCUAAUAAUAAAUUUUCUUCACUUGAAACAACUUGUGUUACUGAUGUAACUGGAACAAAUAAAGAACAUUCCCUUAUUAACUCAGAAACAACAACAAAAUCAACGACUGAAGUUUCUUCAUCACUUAUGCCUCAAUCUUCUCGAGAAACUGGUAAAACUGCAACAUCAUUGACUGAAGUUUUAACUACAGCAUCAAUUGAGGAAACUACAUGUUUAAAUAAUACUGAAAUUGUUUCUACUACUAAAGCAACUGCUUCAAUACCACAUUCAACUAAAUCGGCAAGUUCCUUAGGGGGACAAGUUGAAAUUGAUUCCUCCGCAAGUACUUCAGAACAGGAAAGUAGCUCAUUUUCUACAUUAGCUAGAAAACUAAAAAAAGGGAAGUCGAAAGAAACAUUUACCAAAUCAAAUACCUCUGAACUUCUAUCUAACGUAACUUGGAUGAAUUUCCCUUGGACGCAAAAUUUAAGCACGUUAAAGUUGAUGACACCGACAGAUAAUGAAGAAGUUUCUAGUACUGUUAGUACCAAAACAGUACCACCAACGCAAAUAAACAACACUUUUUGUGAAGAAAAUGUUUCGGUUAGUUCAAUUCAGGAAUCUUCAGAAACGACUUGCUUAGAUGAAAAUACUACAAAAAUCAAAGCAAGAAAAAGAAACUUGCCACAAACCUCCCAUGCUAGUUUAACAGAGAAAAACGUUGAAGUUAGCACUACUGAGACAUCAGUUAAUUCAAAAUUAAAUCUCAACACCGGCAAAUUUUGGAAGAAAUUCUCCUGGCCUGCGUUAACUACAAAAUUCGACGAACGCGAAGAAAUGGAGAAGCAGAGGAUGUUAGCAACAUCUACUACCUUCAAAAUCACGACCAGAACUACCACUACAAUCAAAUCUUUUUUGGAGGCCGAACAAAAAUCCGAAACCGAUUUCACCGGGCUUUACAUACCAGACGAGACCACCACUAAACCGUACUUCUCCGAUUUUUUCCUUUUUACCGACAGGACGCCCAAAGAAGUAGAAGUGGAGGAGAUCGACCGCAAAUUAAUGAGUCGAAAUCUCGAUAUCGGCGAAACCGUGGGGACAAUAUUACCGAAAUUCAGUCAAAUUAGCGAUAACGACCGGUUGAAAUUGCAUAGUGCAGCCGAUGUACUUUUGGAUAAUUGCAACGUUGAUAACACUGCCGAAAUCAGACCCACUGAAUCAGGUUUGGAAAUAUUAACAGGAAGUGUAAAUUCAAACAUUAAUGUUGCUGGCAAUGUUACAUCUUCAGAUAUCUCCAAAAGAACUCAUUGCUUUACAGUUACCCAUCACACUACAGGAAGACCAGACAGAAAACAACGAAGUACCGUUAAGAAUAAGGUAAAUGAAACAAACAAGACUUGCGUCUCAUUGAAAGGAACGAAAACACCGCAAGAGCCAAAGGAAAAAAGACCAACGGAAGCAACACUGUCUUCGAAUGAAUCACCAAAAAGUACACAAAAUCCAACCACUGACCGUCAUCUUUUAGAUUCAACGCGACCUAAAUUAACAACAGGAGCUUUUAAUACCGUCGUUAGUACUAAAGAUACCGAUGAAAAUUGGGAAGAAUCUUCACCAACCGAAACGAUAAAAAUGCCGAAGACUACUCAAACCGUACUGACAUCAACAAAAGAACGGAUAACAAAAAAAAUCCACGUCACAACACAAACACUCAGCUCCUUAGAAACCAGAAGUACUGAAAUUGAAAAGACCACAACAGAAAAUGCUCAGACUGAUAGAAAAAUCGAAACUCCACAAGAAGUAACAGAUGAAGACGAAGACGAAUACGUAUCACAAGAAGACGAAACCAUCUAUCCGGAUGACCAUUUCGAGAGUAAAUUCGGCAUAACAUUAACAUCCACUCCUGCGACCACGAUAGAGUUGUCCCAAAUCGAAAAAUACGUGACCAAGGUAAUAUCUGAAGUAGAGAAAAAGCUGGAAACUGCGGGUGCCGCUUCCACCGAGCGUACGCUUUCCGCUUUUGAUAAAUUCGUGACUGAGGUUAUAUCGGAAAUAGAGGAAAGCAUCAAAAACGAAACUGCUAGUACUCCAGAAGAGGAGAAUAGUACUCCAGAAGAUGUUGAUGAUGAAAGUAGUGCUUCGACUUUUUUUAGAUUGGACGAAGAAACUACGACCGAAAAUAAAACGCUAGCUAAUUUCUCGAUUAGUUUGGCUACUGAAAAGGGAAAUUUUACCAAAUCUCAAUAUGAUAAUUAUGUCUCUAGCGUGAUUUACGAAAUAGAAGAAAGGCUUAAUCGUACCACAGAAUUAGAACGUUUUAGUAUUAACACCAUUAGACCUGAAAACAGUACACAAACAUCUAAAUUUAAGAAUUUUACUAGGCAUGUUAUGACAGAAAAACAAUCUUCUGUUCCACAUUUCCACACUAUCUUCAAACAAAUUCCAACUAAAGCAACUGUGAAUAAAGAGAGCAAAUCUACAACUGAAACUUUAACAAAAAUAACUUCAAAUAAAGAGAACAAAUCAACAAGAAAAAUUGAAACCCAUAAAACCGUAAAUAAAGAAAGAACAUCGACAAUUCCAACCGAAGCAACAUUAAAUAAAAAGAUUAAAUCAACAAAGAACAUUCAAACCGAAGAAAGUGUAAAUAAAGAAUCUAAAACAAGUGAAGCUACAACAAGUGAGGCUACAUCAAGUGAAGCUUCAACAAGUGAGGCUACAUCAAGUGAAGCUACAACAAGUGAUGCUUCAACAAGUAAAGCUACAACAAGUGAAGCUACAACAAGUGAAGCUACAACAAGUGAAGCUACAACAAGUGAAGCUACAACAAGUGAAGCUACAACAAGUGAAGCUACAACAAGUGAAGCUACAACAAGUGAAGCUACAACAAGUGAAGCUACAACAAGUGAAGCUACAACAAGUGAAGCUACAACAAGUGAAGCUACAACAAGUGAAGCUACAACAAGUGAAGCUACAACAAGUGAAGCUACAACAAAUGAAGCUACAACAAAUGAAGCUACAACAAAUGAAACUACAACAAGUGAAACUACAACAAGAGAAAUUUCAACCGAAGCAACAAAUAAAGAGAAUAAAACAACAGGGAAAGUUCAAACCGAGGCAUCUGUAAAUAAAGGAAGUAAACUGCAACAGUCAUUAUCAACACAAACUGCGAAAUUAAGUAACAAAAUUACAGAAAAAGUGGACGCGAAUAUCAUAAUUUUAGAAAAUUUCACUGAAGAACUGAAAGAAGUAACGUUUAAUUUACCUAGCGAAACGAAAAGCACUAUGUGUAAAACUUGUGAGGAUAAAGAAUAUUCAAGCACUGAGGUAACAGAAUCAAACCAUUCGUCGACCAAUUCAGGUACAAUUAGCACAAUGUAUCAAGAAACCCAGCAAGAAACAGCAGAAACACAAUCUCAAAUUUCCUCGAACGAACCAAAAGAACAUACAAAAUCUUCAGAAUCCGAGGUACAUUUAACCACAAAAUUGAAAGAAAAAGUUUCAACGGAAAGAAUAAUAACCACCGAAGGUGGAUAUGAUACUUCUGUUAAUAAUAAUGAAGAUAUAACACAAUUAUUCUCAUCAACUUUCAAUAAAACCACCAAAAUUUUUGAUGAAUCCGUUACAAUUACUACAAAAGCAAGUGAUAAAGUUAGUAAAAAAAUUAAAAUUAAAACCAAUAAUACAGAGCAAUCAACUGAAAAUCAAAUUACAAUAUCUGAUAAAGCAGAAACCACUACAAGGGUUGAGAACACUCAUCAAAUUGGUUUAAAUGAAUUUGAAGAAACAAGUAAUACAGAAACUAAUAGUACAGAAAGUGCUGAAAUAAAUGCAGGGACUACAGAACAAAAAACUGAAAGUGAAAUUCAAACAAAAUUUAAAGAAUCUGAGGCAGAAACCACUACAAAAAGUGAGAACUUUCAACGAAGCAGUCUUAAUGGAGUUGAAGAAAUAAGCACUAUUAAUUUAACAACUAAAAAAAUAAGUGAAUUGAUCGAAAUUAAAAUAUUUAGUACAGAGCCAACCAGUAACAGUGAAUCAAAAGCCAACAUUGAAAACACUGAAAUACAUAUAGAAAAUACGUAUCAAACUACAGAGAAUAGUGAAGAAACAAGCAAAAAUAUGUAUACCAAUACAGACAAUACCAGUGGUAAAAUAAGUAGUGAGUUAAAAAUAAAAACUACCAGUACAGAACAAACUAAUAAAAGUGAAUCAACAACAAACCUAGAAGAAACUGAAGCAGAAGUUCAGAAAAAUUCUGAUACAACAGAAGUAAAUUUUCAUACCAACAUCGAAACAAAAACAGUAAGUGAAGAGAUUAAACCAAAAACUACCAGCACGGAACAAGCGAGUACAAGUGAAAUGAAAUCACAGUUUGAGGAAUCAGAAACUACAAAUAGUGGGACCACUACUCAAAUUACAAUCAGUAACGAAGAACCGAGCACAGAAAUGAAAGAAAAUAUAGAAUCUACUAAUACAGAACAAACUACUAAAAGUGAGUACGUAACUACACUUAAAGAAACUAAAUCAAGUCCUACUAAAUCAACAGAAAUUACAAAAGAAACUCUCAAUAGUCAAACAAUGCAAAGGGAUUUUGAAAGUGAGAUUACUUCAACACCAGAAAAAUUCUUAACCACAGCAAUCACUAGUACAAUAAAUGUAGAAACUGAAAUAUCUAAGGGAGAAACAGAUACCUCAAUAUUUGUUACCACAUAUACACAAGAAAAUGGAAGCACACAAUCAACGAUUCAUACAAAAAAAGAGGAACAAACCAAUUCUAUCCAAACAUCACCACAAAACGGAACCGAUUUCACCGCAGAAUUUGCAACUAACUCAACCCAAAUAAGUACAGAAACAGACAUAAUUUCAACUGCAGCUAUAGUAAAUAAAUUUGAUAAUGAAUCUAGUAAGGAAUUUACAACAGAAGCUAGGGGAACCGAAACUGAAGAAGAACGCACACUAAAUUCUACUAUUAUUCAAGAAUUAUCUACUGGACUAUUUGAAAUCAACUCAACCUACAGUAAUCUUAUUAAUGAAGAAAAUAAUACAACAACGGAAAUUUCAAUUCAAACUGAACAAAACAUCGCUUUAGUUAAUCAAUCUACUGUAUCCGAAAUGAAAGAAAAUGGCACGAUCACCAUAAUUGAAACAGAAGAAACCACAACCACCCAAUCGACUAAACAAAUCAAUUACGAAAGUGAAGAAACGAGCAAAAUGGAAAUAAAUACGUCGGAAUUAGAAAUCACAGUAUCACAAAAAGAACUAUAUUCAACUGAAAUUGAAUCAACUGCAACGGAAUAUGAACUAGCAACAAUUUUUUUGAAUGAAACCAAUACCAUAUCAAAGAUUUAUUCAGAAACAACAUCUGAAAAUCAAUCAGAAACCAACUCAAUUUCUUAUGAAACAUUUAAAGAAACCGUACGUAGUUCAAUAAAAACUAAAGAAGAAGCUUCUUCUAUCACAAUACCAAUAGAAAUUGAAACUCAAUCAUCCAUAACGGAUCUUCAUUCAACAAGUACAGAAAAAACGACAAAAUUUUCAACCAAAUCUUCGUCUACUGACAACACACUCGAAACUGAAAAAUCAAUUACAACCAUAGAAACAACGAAAUAUACUCCUAUUAAGUUUAACAACAUAGAAGAUCAUUCAACUCAAAUAGAAUCGAAGCAAGGAAUAAUAAAUCAAGCGUUAACAACAAUUCAUGGAUUUAAAACAACAACUGAAAAAACGGACCGACCAAUUACAUCUGAAGAAUCAUCCACAGGCGAUGAUAAUAUUAAGGAGCAAACGGAAGAAACUAGCGAAACGACAAGUGAAGUAAGUACCCAAAAUUCACAUUCCGAAGAUACUACAGCAAAUGUUUCCAUAGCAAAUCAAGAACCAAGAGUGUCAGACGAAGUGGUUCGUUGGACAAUACAUUCUGCAAGACCAAAAACGACUACUGCUAAAAUUGAAGAAAGUGAAUUCGACCAGUUCAACGACGUAACAGAAACUAGCUUAAAUGAUACAAGUAGUAAAAGUGAAGAAAAAAUCUUUAUUACAACGAUUUCUGAAAUAGAGUUAAAUACCGCUGUUCAAACAGAUGAAAGUAUAAUUAAUCAAUUUAGAAAUGUAACAGAAAUUGAAACACCAUUUGAGGUAACUCAAACACAUGAAACAAGAAGUUCUACUAACAAAGUACAUUUAAAAACUACAAUCUCAACUUCUUCUACCAAACAAACUAAUGACUUAACUAAUUCAUCGGAAGAAUUGAAUUCGAUAAUUUCCACAAAAGAAUUAUCUAGCUCCACAAAUACAGAAGUAACAUACAAUUUGAAUGAUAUAACAACAUCCAACAUUGCCAAAGAAGUAGUUCAAGAGACUAGUGAAAGUAUAAUUACGACAAAUACCGAAUAUGAAAUAACAGAAAUUCCUACAAAUACAACUUCUAAAUCAAACAUACAAUUUUCUUCAAUAACAGAAAAUAAUAAUAACAGUAAUCCAAACACAACUACAACUCCUAUUCCAAGUUCUCUCAUAACUUCAAUCAGAUAUACAUUGAAGAAUAUGAAUCUGGAAGAUGAAGAGAACACCUUUACUAUCCAACCAACGCAAUCAACAGAAUAUACAGAAAUCCCCAAUGAAGUAGAAGAAGAAACAGUAAUUGACUUAUUCAAUACCAUGAAUCAAUCAGAGGUAGAAACUCAUGAAUUAUCUUCCGAAACUACUGCACAAAGUUCCGAAUCGCCUACCGAAAUCGAAGAAGAUACUCAAAUUAGCAUGUUUACACAAUCAGAAAUUCCUACGUCUAUUAUUGAAACAUCAUCAACGCAAACAUCAACUGAAGAAACUCUAACGGAAGAACAAGUAACUUCCGAACAAACUACUGAACGAGCAGGAACCGAAAUUGAAGAUAUGGAACAAACAUUGGUGGGUAUAGAAAGAACGAACGAAUUUUCCGAAUCAACAGUUAUGGAUGAAAUAACUACCAGCACUUCUUCUGCUACAGUUGAGCAUUUUAUAGAAGAAGCAGAAUAUGGCACAUACCAACUGCCGCAUAUAUCUGGAACAACAGUAUGCGAUUCUUGCGAAUCACAAAUUAAAAAUAUAUCCACCACCGUUUUUGGUAAAUCGAGCCAUUUUGAAAGUACAAGUGAAAGAGUUGAUGAUGAAAGUAAACAAAAAGAAACAGAAAUUAUAAAGUCUUCUACAGAAGUUACAACUAUGAAAGAAAAUACAAAUGAAACAGUUCAACCUUCUGCUUCAACAAAACCAUUUUCUGUUAAGAAUUAUACAGAACAAUUGGAAAAUGGAUCAUUCAAUAUUCCACGUUCAUCAACUACUGUAGUAUGCGAUUCUUGCGAAGAGGAAACGCUUCAAAUUAAAAAUAUAUCUUCCACCAAUGUUGUGGAGUCUACGUAUUUUGAAAGUACAAGUGAAACAUUAAAUGAUAAAAGCAAACAGAAGGAAUCAGAAAUUAUAAAAUCGUCUACAGAAGCAGCAACUGUAACAGAAAUUAUAAAUGAAACAGUUCCAUCUUCUGCAAGUAAACUUGAGACUCAAGCUUCGACAAAACAAUCUUCUGUGGAGAAUUAUACAGAACAAUUAGAAUACGGAACAUUCAAUCUUCCAAGAGAAUCUAAAAGUACAAAAUGCGAUUCUUGCGAAGAAGAAACAUUUUUAACCAACAACAAAUCUACCACCAAUAUACAAAACGUGAUAACUACUGAGAAUAGUGUUACCGAAUUCGCUCAGUUCGAAAGCACAUUAGAAACAAAUACAACAGAAAUUAUGACGACUUCAGCAAUUAUCGAAAAAAGUAAAUCUUCUACUACACAAAAAAUAACAACAGAAAGUAUAACCUUUGAAAAUGAAAUUUCUAUUGGCUCAGCCUUAACAAAUUCCCAAAAUCCUAAAAUGUCAACGCUCAAUGUCAGUUCAACAUCCACCACUGUCAUGAGUACGAUUUCGAAUUCAAAUGAGACUGCUUCCAGUCCAGAAUGUAUGGAUAAUAUUUUAUCAACCCUCACAGAACCAUCGCCAACUAAACACCACAAUCAUGAAUCAACGAAAUCUAAAAUAAUCGUCCACAAACCUACAACUGAAAAGCAACAACCCAAAACAUUGGUAAUAAUCGUGAACAAUUCAGGAAGUAAACUUAAAAAACUCAACGAGUCGACUCUGGAGAAAUUGGUGAACAAAACCCUGCAGGAAGUGAAUUUGGAAUACAUCGAUGUAAGCAACAUCACAGAAAAUGAAGUUACCGAAACAACUACGGUGAGAAAAGAUAUUUUAAUUGGAAGCAAUUGCACACAAAACGAAUUCGACGCCAAUUCUCAAUGCGUUUGCGACGUCGACGCUUACUCGAAAGUAUUGGAAAACAAAUUGAAUAGUUCGAUGCAAAAUCCGGUAAAUUGCACCAAACUGAUUAGCUUCAAGGAAGGAUUUUCCAUUACCAAUGACACCCAACCAUUGAACAGGAGAAAACGCAGUCAUUUAUACCUGAAGAGGUUCGACAAAUUCACUUACAUCGAAAACGAUUCUUUGGAAGAUGUAAUCGAUGGUAACUACAGAAUUAUAAAUUCAGAUUCGAGCGUACUGGCGUAUCCAGGAAGAAAAGCGAUAAUUUAUUGCAAAAACGAGGCUGAUAAAUUACUGGAUAAUAGCAGUACUUCUUUCCAUUGGGAAUUUAAACGAGAUCCACAACAAAUUGCUGAAGUUCUCCAGUACCACGAAAAUCCCUUGGUAAUUUCUUCGGUGGACACGAAAUCCACGGGAAAUUACACCUGCAUGAAAAUCGACAAAAACGGUCGAGGAGAAAACCGCAGCCACGAAUUGGAAUUGAUGAGUUUUCCCGUUUACAAAAUCAAAUUGAACAUUUAUUACGCGAUCAACGGCAGUUGCUCGUUGAGCGACGGCGAUAUUUUGUACGCGUACUUACCCGAUGCCCUCGGACGCGUACUGUGCGGACAAACAGCCAAAUUGUGCAAAACCGACAUGGACAGGCCGCUGUGCUUCAUGAAGGAUGAAAACACUUAUUAUAACGUCACCGUAUCGGCAGCGAUGAAUGAUAUUUAUAAUAUCUACCCGUCGAUUGACGAUAUCCAAUGCGAUAUUAAUUGCAAAUUGGAAGCCUACUAUAAUUUGGUUAGGAUAGUUUAUAAGAACGCACAAAUAGCCAAAAGGAUUCCAGUGAUAUCAAAUCUCCAAAACCAUUUAGAAUUCCUAUCAAAUGAGACGCUACCUAUCGAUGACAUUUCUAAACCUCCCAAAAUUAUCACGACCUGUCGAGAAGGCUAUGGAAUUGAAAAGUUGAAACAGAAAUUUUGCGUGUUAUGUCCCAAACAUACGUACAGUACCGAAAAUGAAGUAUAUUGUACGGUAUGCCCUGCUGGGCAAUACCAACCCCAUGCCGGCUCGAGCUCUUGUAUACCCUGCACAACGCCCGUUGAAGAUGCUAUGUGCCUUCGAAUGUUGUACUCGAACACGAAGCAAUUUAAGAUAUACGUGGGCGUCGGUUUCGGUUUGAUUGUCGUGAUAAUCGCUCUGAUAUUGUUGUGGAGAGCCGGAAAAUCCGAUUCGAAUGAGACUAAAUCAAGUGACAGCAUGAAUAGGCGAUAUCAUCGAAGGCGAAGCCGAAGGAAAAGCGACGUGGAAAACCAAUCGGCAGUGCCUUUGUUGGCGAAUAAAAGGAGAAAACCCGCACCAAACGUCCCACCUCCUGAUUUUUAGUGUAAUUUAUUAAUUUAAGGACUAUGUACAUUUGAUUUUUAUAGAUAAAUAUACAAACUACUUUAUUUAAUUCUAAUUUAAUGUUUCAUUUUUGUUACUUUACAUCAGAUAUUGAGAUAUUAAGCAUUUUCAUUCAUCCGUACAUUUACCAACGUACAAUACUACAAAAUGUUAAAUUACACCUAAAAUCGUACAACAGUAAUGUCAAAAUACUUAAAAUAAAUUAAUGUUAGAUUACUGUCAACAAAUCCAGUUAAAAAAGUAUUAAAUUAAAUCAGCUACAUUCAUAGGCAUCUCAUCGAUCUGCGUGGAAUAAUAUUGUUCGAUAUCUCUCAGAAUCCUAAUGUCGUCGGAUUUAACGAAAUUGAUAGCGACACCCUUCCUGCCGAACCGACCGGAUCGACCGAUUCGAUGAAUAUACAAUUCACGAUUGUUGGGCAAAUCGUAAUUGAUAACCAACGAUACUUGUUGCACGUCGAUACCUCUGGCCCAAACGUCGGUAGUGAUUAAAACUCUGCUUUGGCCCGACCGGAAUUCCUUCAUAAUGUUGUCGCGCUCUUUCUGAGGCAUGUCUCCGUGCAUUGAGCUCACGGUGAAGUUGUUUUCUCGCAUCUUUUCGGUCAACCAAUCGACCUUUCUUUUGGUGUUGCAGAAAAUUACGGCUUGCGUGAUGGUUAAGGUGUCGUACAGGUCACAUAGAGUGUCGAAUUUCCAUUCUUCCCUCUCCACGGCGACGAAAAACUGUUUGAUUCCCUCCAGCGUCAGUUCAUCACUGAGAAUAAAAUCCUGAUGGGAUCGGUCAUAAAUUUGGAUGUUAUUUCCAGGAUUUCGUGGGGUAAUGUAGCAGAUAUUAACACCACUUGAGUGGAUGGGGGAAGAAAUCUGUACACAUCGUAGAUUUGUUCUUUGAAGCCUUUGUUUAGCAUUUCGUCGGCUUCAUCUAAUACUAGCAUUUUCACGGAUCUAGUUCUCAAAGCUCUUCUACGAAUCAUAUCUACAAACAACAAACAUUAAAAUAUCCACAGAAUUACUACCGUAAUUAUUAUUACCGUAAACCCUUCCAGGUGUACCACUAACAACGUGUUGUCCGUAAUCUAACUUCCUGAUGUCUUCUCCAAGAUUUGUACCCCCGAUACAAGCGUGACAUUGAACAUUCAUGAAAUCACCUAGAGCUAAUAUAACUUUCUGAAUUUGUACAGCCAAUUCUCUCGUCGGGGAUAAACACAGCACUUGUGUUUCUCUCAUCGUUAAAUCCAGAGCUUGAAGAAUAGCUAUGGAAAAUGUAGCGGUUUUACCGGUACCCGACUGUGCUUGGGCUAUAACAUCUCGGCCUUUCAUCACGGGAAUAAUAGCUCUU